UCUGGUCACCCUCAAGCGCCCAGUUGAAACUCAUGAACCAACGAAUGCUCUUCAAACCGGAUUUUUUAGAACUGAUUCGGAGCUCCUGUCCGUUGGUUGAAACUUUUCGUUAAAUUUAGAAUGUGCAUCAAUUAACUUGUUUUUGUGAAUCAUUGCCUUUAUACAAGCCCCCUAUUGACGCAGAAACCAUCUUUGAUCCAGUAACGCCUCUUGACCGUGAUUCCACCACCGUAACAACGCCUCUAUCGAUCGGAUUCUCCGGAAAGCACAAUGUCCACAGCCAGUAUUGAACCUUCGCCAUCGCCACCUAGUCCAUCUUUGAGCAACCACUCUUCGAAUGUCAUGAUGUCCAGCAACCACUUGAUCAGCACCAAUAGUGUAGUGGGUGGCAUCACCUCUGUUCCCAAUAACUCUGUGGCUAUCACCAAUCAGACCAACAACGCCAUCUCCAACGGCACGAGCAUCAAGUACGGUACACUGGUGCCCAAUCGGAUCUUCGUGGGUGGGAUCAGUUCCACCACGACCGAAGCUGAUCUUCAUAAGCUCUUUUCGGCCUUUGGCAACGUGAAGGCCACGAAGAUUAUCAGUGACAGGGGAGGAUGCUCCAAAGGCUACGGAUUCGUGACAUUCGAGACAGAGGAAGAGGCCAAGAAACUCCAAGCAGAGGCUGAUAAUAUAAUUCUCAAGGAGAGGAAAUUGAACAUCGCUCCAGCAAUUAAGAAGCAGCAGCCCUACACGAGGACGUAUGAAAUGGGUCAACCGGUUAUGAAUGGUGCUCUCUACUAUCACAAUGGUAUUCCAUACACUUACCAGAAUGGCGUGGCACUCUUUCAAGAUGGCGUCAUCGGACCAGCCAAUCCCAAUGCGUCGUCCCAGAAUUCGGCUGCAGCUGCAGCUGCCCUGGCAGCUGCCAACUCUCAGAUUCCCCCUGGUGCAUUCAUGAUUCCCCACGCCAUGGCUGCCGCCGCCACCCAGCAACAGCAACAACAGCAGCAAGCAGCUGCAGCUGCCAUGUUCCUGCCAGCUGCCAACAGUGCAGCUGCCGCUGCGGCAGCUCAGCAAUUCAGCACCUACCAGCAGCAAGCUGCGGCGGUAGCGGCAUUGCAACAACAGCAACAGCAAAUCUCUGGAGUUGGCCCUCAGACCUCGUCGUGCUCAACCACGAAUUCCUCUUCAAUAUCUGGAACCACCAACGGUAACGCCCCCUGGAGAUGGGUCUCGCAAGCUUCGUCGAACCCUGUCACCAAUGGACAUGGAGGUGGCCAUGGGACAUCGAGUCCGGUCACUCCACAUCAUCAACAACAACAGCAAAUGGCAUUUCAACAGGUUCAAAACGAAGGUCAACCCCCCUCAACGCCAACUCUGUUUUACAACUCUGGAUCUUCAAUCGUUAAUCCCGCCCCAGGUUAUGCGAGUAAUGGUAUCAGUCUAGUGGCCAAUAACACCUCAUACACUUUGGGCCCAGACGGGUUGUGGUACGGUUAUCACAUCCCUGGGAAUGGAACCUCAUAUGUGGCCACGCCUACUUGGGAUGCGACCAAUUCAUCACCCAAGGACUUGGGUUAUGUGUCAAUGAACGCCAAUGACACCACAGGCUCUAGUUUCAACUUCAAUAGCGAGACCACAAUGGGUUUCGAAGGCAGUGUCGAACCGUCUCAACCAGACUCUGGACCACCGGAGAAGAGUCAGGGGGAUGAGAUCAAGAUCGGAUCGACAUCCUCGUCAAGCUAUGUCCCAACCACUCCAUCUUAUUUGUAUUCAGCCCCACCUCAGUAUGCGCCUCCUGUCCCACAAAUGCCCUAUUCGCCCGCAGGAUGGAAUUACGUGCCUCGUGAGGGCACAUUUGGGAUGAACACUUCUUGGACAAUGCCUGCCCCUGGAAUUGCGGUUCAAGAUCCACAGACCUCUUACAGGGGCAACCUGAAAGCUCGACACGAUAAUGAUGUUCGAAAAAUGAGCUAUGAACUUCAAUCCGGUGUUCGAAACGGCCCCAAAAAGUACGAUGGCAUCAAAGGUCACUCCGGAUCGAGCAGGAAUUCCUCUGUGGUCCCGGGCUCCUCGGCUGGAAGUUUCGACAACAAUGGCUACGGUUUGUUGCCAAUGUGGUCGGACAUGAACAACAACAAUAGUCACCAUCGAGAGAAUUCGUCCUCUUAUAACAGAUCCAACCACCGUGGGACAAGGAGCCAAGAUUACUCACGGCCUCCCGUUCCUCUCUUAUCCCGAGGCGGAAGUCUCCUGGGCAGACCGCUUCAAUAUGAUUCCACUCAGGGCAGGGCCAACCCCAAAUUUUGGUUCAAUAAUAAUAACAACAAUUCCAAUCCUGGCCGUAGACCGCCCAAUUCCAACACCUUCAGGAAAUCCGAGAACCGCCGUGGAGGGCAGCAGUAUCGGGAAAUGUCGGACCACAACGUUGGCGUCUGCCACGUCUGUCCAGCACAUUCUCCGACUAAGCAGAAGAGCGCUCAUCGUCCCUCGAGUUUUGGCGCCAAUUUGAAGAAUUCAAAAGCGGGCGGGAAAACUGGCGUCGACGAGUCGGGGAAAGCAGAUUGAGUGAGUUUGAGGGGAAGAGCGGGAAGAUUGAAUUCCACGAUGUGCCAAAGCGAGAACCAAUGUCUGAAUAUCCCUCCAAGCAAAUAGUAAAAAGAAAAACAACUGUGUCCCUUCUAAUCCCUUCUUGAUCCCAAUUUGAACUCUGUAUACGCCUAGUUUCAAAUCUUUUGCAUCUCUUCGUUGUCAAAAAUUCCCCCCAAAGACCCAAGAACAACGUAAAACAAGAUUUCUAGCGCAUUGCAAACUUGCUCUAACCCCCCAAUCCCCCCUUGUGGACGGCGCACGUUUAUGUAAUAUACUACUACAGUAGGCCCAUGAUGAAGAAAUCAGUCGAAAUUGUCUCUACCCUCCCCAUCUCCCCGCCCCCUCAGGGCUCCGUCAAAUACUGUAAAACCUGCAUGAAUGAAGAGGAAUCUCCGGAUCAUCCAAAUUAUUGUAUCAUACAGGCUUGCUAAAGGAGACGGACAGUCUACAGAACUACUAAAUCACUAUUAUCUGUUGUCCCUUGGCCUUCCUUUCCAAAAAUUCUUACAUCCCAAGCGAAAAAACAAGAUCGAUAGCUUCAAGAUGAUACUGUAAUCACAAACCAAGUUGCUCUGUACUCAACGAAUACCACUAAUUUGAUCUCACCCAGGAUAAGAGGAUACCACUUAGUUUGUGAUUAGUGUUUUAUCUUUAAGAAUCCCUUAAACUUUCCCUCCCCUCCCUCUUCUCUUCCCCUUUCCCCAUGAAAAUUGCCUAAAACUAUUAUGUACCACCCACCAUUUCCAUUCCUCCCAGUGUGUUUGUGUGCGUAUAUUAUCAGUAAAUCAUCUUAUAAAAUGAAAAAAAACUAAAACUACAAAACAACCUACGUAAAUAGAAAAUACUACUACAGAUAAUAAAUCGACUCUGCUAUGAAAAUAUACUUCUAGGGGAAUAAAUAUGUACCGUAU